CUGGCGGUGCUCCGCUCGCUGACCCCCCGCCCACACAGCGGCCCGGCAGCCCAUCACCCGUUCGCAAUUAACGCGCGGCUGUAGCUUUAAAGCGGGUGGAAGAGAGCGGUGCCAGGUCCGGCCCCGCCGUACAGCCCUCGCCGCUCAGCCCGCCAUGGGGAUCCGCGCGAUCUUCGUCUUCGUCGUCCUCCUCGCUGUCGCCUCUGCCCGCCGCAAGCUGUUGCUUUUCCUCCUCGACGGUUUCCGCUUCGAUUACAUCGACGAUGCGGAGCUGGAGUCCCUGCCGGGCUUUCGGGACAUCAUCGGCAUGGGAGUGAAGGUGGACUACAUGACCCCCGACUUCCCUAGCCUCUCCUACCCCAACUACUACACGCUGAUGACGGGUCGCCACUGUGAGGUUCAUCAGAUGAUUGGAAACUACAUGUGGGACCAGAAGAUGAAUGUUUCUUUCGAUAUUGGUGUGAAUAAAGAAAGCCUCCUACCUCUCUGGUGGAAUGGAUCGGAGCCUUUGUGGGUCACAAUGAUGAAAGAAAAAAAGAAUGUUUUCAUGUACUACUGGCCAGGUUGUGAGGUUGAAAUCCUUGGAGUCAGACCAAGUUAUUGCCGCGAAUACUUCAGUGUCCCAUCAGACCAAAACUUUGCGGAUGCUAUCAGCGAUGCUCUCGAGGCUCUCCGCAAUGGCAGCGCUGAAAUGGCAGCUGUGUACUACGAGCGCAUCGACGUGGAAGGCCACCACUAUGGCCCCUGGUCCGAGCAGCGGAAGAGUGCUUUGAAGGAGGUGGACAAAGCCAUGAGCAACAUAAUCACACAGAUUAAGAACAAGGGCCUUCAGCAUGACGUCAACGUCCUCCUGUUCUCUGAUCACGGGAUGACAGACAUCUCUUGGACAGACAAAGUGAUCGAACUGAAAAACUACAUCAAUAUGAGUGACACAAUACAAAUGAAGGACCGAGGUCCUGUUGUGAGCCUUUGGCCAGUUCCAGAGAAGCACACGGAGAUAUAUCAAAAAUUGAAAGCUGUAGAACACAUGAAUGUUUACAACAUACAGGAUAUUCCAGAGAGGUUUUUCUAUAAAAAAGGAAAAUUUGUGUCUCCUCUAACUCUUGUGGCUGAGGAGGGAUGGUUCAUAGUAGAGAGCAGGGACAAGUUGCCCUUUUGGGAGAAUGGCACAGGGAAGAGGGAGGCCUGGCAGAACGGCUGGCAUGGCUACGACAAUGAGCUGAUGGAGAUGAGGGGCAUCUUCCUCGCGUAUGGGCCAGAUUUCAGAUCCAAUUACCGCGCGCCUCCCAUCAGAUCUGUGGAUGUUUACAACGUCAUGUGCAGCCUGGCAGGAGUGCAGCCACAGCCAAACAAUGGCUCCUGGUCCAGGGUGGAGUGCAUGCUGAAGAACACGGCUGUCCGCGUGCCACUCUGCACACGGAGCGGCUGUGUGCUGGCACUGACUCUGCUCUUGCUCUUCUGGUUGCUGUGAUCCCCAAACAAUGUUGGUCAGUGUUGCCAGCAACUUGAUUCUUCUUUUUUUUUUUUUCUUUCUUCUUCCUCUCCCUCUCCCCCCUGCAAGAAUUUCUUCAUUUGAAUAAUAGCUUCCUUACUAGCGUGCUGCCCUCACCCAUCUGCUGUGCUGCACCAGGCGUGAAUCUGACCACACUGGCUUUUACACCAGUUUUAAUGCAAAGCCAAUUUGUGUGCUGCUCUAACCACAGCCAGAAAAACUGCUGCUGCUGCUCUGAAUUUACAACACUGGUGACAGGAGCAGGAUUCGGGCCAGCUACCAGCCACAUUUUCUGGUGGGUGCAUAUGGAUACCCCUGGACAUCAGACACAUCUUACCCAGCAAGUUUAACAGAGAAGCUGACCCUGGCUGCUGGCAGUGGGAAGCUCAGGCAUAUAGAGACAGACCUCGAUGAAUUAACCUGAGCUCUUUCAAGUUUGUCCUUUACCCCAGCAGACCUCCACCUUCUCCUCACAGUGCCAGCCAGACCCAGUCUAAACAGACCAAAGAGCCAUGCUCUUUGCUGAGUGAUUUGAGUGCCAACAGAGUUGGAUCAGGAGGAGAGCAGUGAGAGCAUCCUACCUCUCCUAGUCUUUCCUCCUUCACUUUCCCUUAAAGUGAGCCCUGGCACUGCAUGCCCUCAGGACAGGGUUUGCAUCGGGGAGUGCAGCUGGAGAGGGGGAUGCAGAGGGAGAAGAGUGAUGGAAAUCCUUCACAUCAAAAUGAGGAAGAACUUGUAAUGGCACCUGGACACCUAGCACUUAGGACAAAUUACAGUGAGGAAGCCUGCCAUUUAGCACCCUUUCUGUUUUCCUUGGUGAAGAUGAUAUCCACCUGCUUACAUGUUUUGUUUUGUUUUGUUUUGUUUUUCUUUAACCCAAUUGUGUUUCUGAAGAUUUUUGACGCCUCCUGCUUUUCUACCAGCUCCUGCUCUCUGCCAUUAAAGCACUGUGGUAGGUUGCAAACUCCCCUGAUUUUUUUUUUUAGAGGUGGUGUUCUGCAGCAGAGAGAGAGGUUUACACAUAUGCAUUUCUUUCCAUCUCUCCCUCUGUUAAUCCUAGCUACUAUGCCUACUUGGAUUACCAAGCCCAAAGAAAGUUGUAACAGUCAAGUUACAUAGAGCAGGAGAGCAUGGAGCUGCUCUCAGAGGCAGUGCACCUGAAGGGCAAGUCAAAGAUGAUGUAAUCCUGAAAACAUCAACACAGCAGGUGCAGUAAAUCCCUUGAAAAAACAAUUUGCCCUAUUCUUUCACUCCAGUGCAGCCAUGGAUCUUCCCUGGGGCAGUGCUCAGUACAGGGCUGAUAAUGAAGCCAGCAGCACAGCUCUGUGAGCUCAGAAGAUUAAAGCCACCAAUUGUUAAACUGCCCACUUGUCACAGCCCUCGGUGUUAAACAUGGGAUGAAUACAUACCAUGAUGGGUCAGGAGAGGUGGUCUUUUGCAUCAUUAAAUGUCUGCUGUGAAAUUAGCCACUCUAGAACAGAGCUGACAGGAUCUGAUCCUGCAAAGUGUCCUUUCCUCUUUGGGAGGCCGUGGUCUUCUGCAACGCCCUCAGAGGAGCUCAGCGCUUCUCUGAAAUACCUCUGAACCAAGAGCUUUCAGUGAAAAACUGCCUUUAGAAGGAUUUAGAUCCCUCCUUGUGCAAAAUAAACCUCUAAGGCUUGUUAUUCACAUGGAUCCAGAGUCAAGCACCGUUCUGGUACAGUGAGUUUAAGGGUGAAUGAUUACACUAUGAAAAAAAAAAGCACAACAAAUUAAACUUGACAAAAGACUUCUGUAAUAGCUAUAAAGAUUUAUGUAAUGUGUUUUUUAAAGCUCAAGUGAACCAUCAAAUCAAUUGGGAAAAAAAAGGGAGAAAAUCAGUCUUUGUUAUUAGACUGUUGAGUAUAAAAGGCAAUUUAGUGCUUUCUAAGCAUUUGCAGUAGCUGUAAUACAAGCAUCCAGUGUUCAGAGUUCCCUGUUGCUCUUUAAUGAACCAGGCUCAAUGAAUUCACUGGAGCACAUUUUUAAAGCGAGAAAAUUAUCAGCGUACAGAAGAUAACCAAACGACACAAUGGGAAAGUUUUGCUGCAAAACCAACAGGAUACACACAGCGCAGGCGGGUCCCUUCAGUCUGCAGUUUUAACUCUUGCUGCAAAAAUAAUCCAGUAUCCUCUUAUGGAAAAAAAAUCCAGGAAGUGUACAGCUGUAUUCUGAUACGCCUCAAAAUAUACUUGAUCUGUAACACGGAGACUGGGUGGCACACCUACAAGAAGCUCAUUAGCUUCAGGAGUACUACAGUUGGUUACGUUGGAGAAGCGUGGCUUUCUUCCUCUGAAAUUUUGUACCUCUGAAUCAGUUCACAUUCUCAUUCAGUGUCUUCAGCCUGUUUUUCUGUACACUAUGCAACUGAGGUGGGUGUAUUUCUGAAUGAUGUUUUUGUACGACGACUGAUUGUGAAUGCGUGAAUAAUUCUGAGAAUGCUGUUAUAAAAAUACGCAUCUUUUUGUAAAUACUGUAAGAUUUUUGAAAAAAAAAGAAGCAUCCGUAACACCUCGCCUUUCUUGUUUGAUUGCUGCAUCAGUGUGUGAUAAGCAGUGUUUGAAGCAUUUGCUGAUUAAUCAUCAGAAAGAUGAAUGAUAACAUUGUUGAGAAAUGGCAAAGUUGUCAGCAUUUGAAUUAGGGACAUUAAAUACAUCUCAUGAGCUAUUGUA